AUGCGUUUACAAUAUUAUUGUAUAUUUAUUUUUAUUAUUUCAAAAGUACGAUGCCAAACCUUACAAAGUGUAAGUGAUGAUGAGCUACUUCAAUUUAUUAAAGAGGAAGAAAAACUUAUUGUUUUAUUCUCAAAACCAAAUUGCAAGGUGUGUGAUAAAUUUGAAAUAACUUUAGAUAGUUUAUAUGAAGAUUUUCAUAAACAUUUGAAUGCUGCAACUGUGAAAGCAGUUAACAGUCAUCUAGCAAGGCUUUAUAGUCCAACAAAAGAGCCAGCUUUAGUGUUCUUCAGACAUGGUGUUCCUUUAUUAUAUGAUGGUGAACCAGAAGAAAAUGAAGUGUAUGGAUUUCUUGAAAAGAAUCAGUCUCCAGCUGUAAAAGAACUCAAUGAUAAAAUAUUUGAACAUUUGACUCAAGCAGCUACUGGAGCUACCACUGGGGAUUGGUUUGUUAUGUUUUAUGGUGCAUCAUGUGUAGAGUGUCAAAGAUUACAUGCAGUAUGGGAGGGUGUUGGUGCAACUUUACGUGGGAGAAUCAAUGUCGCUCGGAUUGAUGCGAACUUAGCUGGCUUAAAUACAGCCAAGAGAUUUAAAAUUUCAAAACUGCCAGCCUUUCUUUUCUUCCGUUCCGGCAAGGUGUACAAAUAUGAUUUACCUAAAAGUGAUAUAAAGUCAUUUGUUUCAUUUGCCCAGGAUUGGUAUAAAAAUUCAAAAGCGGAUACUGUGCCUCUUCUGUCAUCACCAUUUGAUGAAUUAGUAGAUUGGUGUGUCGACAUUAUUAAAUAUAGUGUGGCACUUGGAUUAGAGAUCUUGGCUAAAUAUCCAUGGAUUUGGCAAAUAGGUCUUGCCGGCUUUGGUCUGGUUGCCAUCACAGCUCUCAUCGCAAUCAUUAAAGCAGGAAAAUCAAAACCAAAAGUCAAAAAAGAUAAACAAAUUCAAACCAAGAAAAGCAAA